AACACCAUGGCUCGCGUACAACCGCGAGCGCUCUGGUGUCUCCAUGGGCGAUCAAGACCAGCGCCCGCCUUCGGUGUCGCAGCUCCAACCCGCUCUCGCCGUCGGCCAGGGCCCAAAACUGAUCUUGAAACGAGUCGCGGACGGCGAGGAGUUCGGAAGAGCGAGACAACGCUAG